AUUACUGAGAAUGUUUUGCAGUAAUGGAGGAGGGACGUCAAAAGGACUUGCAGUUGUUGGAAGAAAUCAUUGAUAAAGGUUUAAAGGAGAAGCUUUUACAGACUAUUGCUUCACGGUUAGCUUGUUUUCGUAAUGCAUCAUUAGUUGGUUUGGCAGGGACAAGAUCUUUGAAGAACAAAAAGUACUGUAUCCUUUUAUUUUAUGGCUACUCUCACUUGAGCUCUGACUUGCGGAAAAACCUAGAAACUCUGGAGGAAAAUGGUGUAAACAGUCUCAAAACGAUGGUCAACCCCGGUUCAGAAGUUUACAUGCAAGCUCAUGUGCCAGAUACAAGGCACACAUUCGUGGAUGUAGGGCUGGGAUUUUAUGUGGAGUUCACCAGGCAAGAAGCUCUUGACUAUAUUCCACAACGGGAGGAAAGAGUUAAAAAGUAUGUUAACACCUUGCUUUUCUUUUCUUUUUGGCUCCACAUGCUGCUUUUCUCAAAACUUUUGAAAACUAUGGUUGCUUCUGUAUAAAUACAAUGACUCACUGUGUGAUGAAAACUGAGUUGUCUGGUGGAAUGCAUCAUAGUUGAUGGUUUUGUUUUGACAGUCUUCCAA